AUGCCAUCGAACGCCAGUCAAGCUCAGAGUCCAAGAGCCGAGAAACAAGAAGCGAGCAGCGCCAUCCCGGUCCCCGCCGAUCUGAUUUGCCAGCUGGGAGUUUAUGUACCGAAAAGUGAUGUGCUCGGGAAAGUGCAGAAACCGUCGUGCACACCGCCGAGCACAGCGUCCGAGGAGGAGGGAACGGACAAGAAGAGCUCCGACGAGAGGUUCAAACGACCGAUGGAGUGCGAUUCUCCGCGCUUGAGACGUCAAAAAGAGCAGGAGGAAAAGGAGGCGACGCUGUUCAAAAAGCCCAAGAGACGGUACUCUCCACUCUUCAGAAAGACCGUGGAUCUGAAGACUCGCAUGGAGCUUCUCUGA